AUGCCUCGCUCCAAGAGGAAGGAUACCGGGCGAACUAGUGGCCAUCCGCGAAAUGAGACCGAUCCGUGCGAUCGACGGCGGCAGCGCAACAGCCGAAGGAUCGGCAAUCUUCAAUCAAAUCAACCACUGCGACGAUCGACCGGACGCAAAGGCUGUGCCCUGCUGAUCCGCGGUCCCGGUGCGUCGGGUCUGCCAUGA